AAGUUUAAUUUGCAUUAUUAACAUUUUCUCCAUCACUUUCUUAAGUCUGGACAACAAAACAAUAAAUCAAACCUGGAUUUGAAGCUCAGGUGAAUUUCUGAGGUACAAAUGCCCACACGGAAAAUGUAAUAAUAGGCAUAGCUGAUAGGAAUGGGCUCCAACAUACUACUGCCUGUGCCUAGCAUUCUCCUCCCUCUUCUCGCCAAAACCUACCCUCACCGUUUUUAUACUCUGUUUUCCCAUUCUUAUAUGCAGUCAUCAUCAUUUGUUUUGAGUGACAGUUGGCCAUGUCUGUCUUUGGGGCCACUCUGACCCCCUUGAUCUUUUUCUGCUAUCCUCAUGUAAAAUCUCUUAUUCAAAGUCAUUGAAUCAGACAUAUUUUGGAAAGUCUUAAAGAAAGAGCUGGGUGUGUUUGCUCCCUAAGUAUCAUUUGAAGAGCUAGCAUCAUACUUUCUUGACCUAUAAAAAAAAUUUAAGAAGGGAUAUGAGGCUGUGAAAAGAUUUAGGUGGAUGUUACUUAAUUUUUAUCUUAGUUCUGGCUCUUCGUAUAUAAUUUAAUCCUAUAUUGGAUCAGAAAAUAAUUGAAAUUUUACUAGUUGUGAAACACUUCUUUAGGUCUUGCUGUCCUUUCCCUUGCUGCCAGGAAGGUCUAUUCUUUUCCUAGCUCAAAAGUACAUUUUAUUCAGUCCAUGGAAAGUGGUCCAGGAGCUACCAUGGGAGUUCUCUUCUUUUUUUUUUUUUUGCCUUCCUUUGGCUGUGCUUAAUAACCUCAUACAUCUACUUCUGUGUGGUAUAAUUGUACCUUCCUACUUCAACAUUUCCUGCUCUGCUUGAGACCAGCAAGCCAAACCCGAGUCUCUUCCUGAGGUUGUCCCAAUUCUUGAAUAACGGGGAAGGGGAAAGUACUCCCGUACCGUUGGAAAACUUGUUCUCCCCAAGGGUCCCUUGAACCCCACAUCGGCCCUGAUCUCUAGGAUGGAGCAAGGGGCAGAGUUAUGGGGCCCAGAUCUCCAGGGCCCCGAGGAGAGCCUGAGAGAUGGUCAUAAAGGUGCUAGAAGUGAAAAUGAAGAGGAGAAUCUCCAGCCAGAGGGAUCAGGGGAUGAGAUGCCUUUGGGAGACCCACCCCAUAGUCCAGAACUCAAGAAUCCCCCAGAGAUGCCCCUGGAGGAGAUUCCUUUGGAUAAUCCAGCCUCUGAGUCAGUUCCUGCACCCUCAGAUUGGACCAAGGCCUGUGAGACAGGCUGGCAAUGGGGGGCCCUGACUACCUGGAAUAGCCCCCCAAUAGUGACAGCCAGUGAGCCCAGCCUUCGUGAGUUGGUCCAGGGCCGGCCCUCAGGGGGUGACAAACCCUAUAUCUGCAAUGAGUGUGGUAAGAGCUUCAGCCAGUGGUCUAAGCUGCUGCGGCACCAGCGUAUCCACACAGGUGAACGCCCCAACACCUGCUCUGAGUGUGGCAAGAGUUUCACCCAGAGUUCCCAUUUGGUGCAGCACCAGCGCACCCACACAGGUGAGAAGCCCUACAAGUGCCCUGACUGUGGUAAGUGCUUCAGCUGGAGCUCCAACCUGGUGCAGCACCAGCGGACACACACAGGCGAGAAGCCCUACAAGUGCACUGAGUGUGAGAAGGCCUUCACCCAGAGCACCAACCUCAUCAAGCACCAGCGCUCUCAUACAGGCGAGAAGCCCUACAAGUGUGGCGAGUGCCGACGUGCCUUCUACCGCAGCUCCGACCUCAUCCAACACCAGGCGACCCACACGGGUGAGAAGCCCUACAAGUGCACAGAGUGUGGCAAGCGCUUUGGCCAGAACCACAACCUUCUCAAGCACCAGAAGAUACAUGCAGGUGAGAAGCCAUAUCGGUGCACUGAGUGCGGCAAGAGCUUUAUCCAAAGCUCAGAGUUGACACAACACCAGCGCACACACACUGGUGAGAAGCCCUAUGAGUGCCUAGAAUGUGGUAAAAGCUUUGGGCACAGUUCCACCCUCAUUAAGCACCAGCGUACUCACCUUCGGGAGGACCCCUUUAAGUGUCCAGUGUGUGGAAAGACCUUUACUCUUAGCGCUACACUGUUGCGGCAUCAGCGAACUCACACAGGUGAGCGACCGUAUAAAUGCCCUGAGUGUGGCAAGAGCUUUAGUGUUAGCUCCAACCUCAUUAACCACCAGCGCAUCCAUCGAGGGGAGCGGCCAUACAUCUGUGCUGACUGUGGUAAAAGCUUCAUAAUGAGCUCCACACUCAUCCGACAUCAGCGUAUCCACACAGGUGAGAAGCCCUACAAGUGCCCUGACUGUGGCAAGAGCUUCAUCCGAAGUUCCCACCUCAUUCAGCACCGGCGGACCCACACUGGGGAGAAACCCUACAAAUGUCCUGAGUGUGGAAAGAGUUUCAGCCAGAGCUCCAACCUCAUCACCCAUGUCCGUACCCACAUGGAUGAGAACCUCUUCUUGUGCCCUGAGUGUGGAAAGGCAUUUGUGGAUGCAGCUGAGCUGCUGCAACAUCGAAUAAUACAUGGAGGUGGAAAGCCCCCUUCUGGGGGAGCUCUUGGGGAUGGGGCAGAGCCAGCCAGCCCAGCAGGAGAGAAACCCUAUAAAUUCUCAGUGGGCCUUGGGGAAUCAGCUCUGCUCCCACCACCUGGAGCCAAACCACACAAGUGUUUGGUGUGUGGUAAGGGCUUUAAUGAUGAGGCUAUUUUUAUGCAGCAUCAGAGAAUACAUAUUGGAGAAAACCCAUACAAAACCACUGAUGGCACUGAACGUCCAUCUCCCCACCCCUCUCAGCUCCGCCCCCAGAGGACCUUCCUUGGGAGGAAAUCCUAUCCAGGUGCUGAGAAGGGUGACAGCUUGGACCAUAUUGGACCAACCCCUAAAAACCUUGAGGGUCGAGAAAGCUUCAGUCAGAGUUUGGAACUGCUCUCCCCAAAAUCCUACAUCUGUUCUCACUGUGGGGAAAGCUUCUUGGACCGUUCUGUGCUCCAUCAGCAUCAGCUCACCCAUGGAAAUGAAAAACCCUAUAUAUUUCCUGAGUAUAGGACUGGUGUUGGGGAAGGGGCAGGACCCAGCCCCAUUUUGAGUGGGAAACCCUUCAAAUGCCCUGAGUGCCAAAAAAGCUUCAGCCUCAGCUCUGAGCUCCUGCAGCACCAAAAGGUUCAUGCAGGAGAAAAGCCCUAUAAAAGCUCCUCUGUUCUCCUAGAGCACCUCAAGAGCCCUCUGGGGGCCCGACCCUACAGCUGCUCUGUCUGUGGCGUAUCUUUCCUGGACCGCCUGGCCCUCAUCCGGCACCAAGGGAGCCACACCCAGGAAAAGCCUCCCACACCCGGGGAGAACCUCCCAGAACCAGCCACACUGCCAACGAGCCAGGACGGGGAAGCAUCCCCCAUGACAGAAAGCAGCAAUCAGUGUGAAGUCCCCAAAACCCAACCAGGAGAGAAACCCUAUAUAUGUCCUGAGUGUGGAGAAGGCUUCACAGAAACCACAACCCUUCUCCUUCACCGGGGCAGCCAUCCUGGUGUCACCCUAUGAAACUGAAGUAGGAGGCAUGGGGAUGCUCUCUGUCAUGAGAGGAAACACCUUACUGCCCUAUUAAAUUAUAGGGGGAAGGAGAAGAAACCUAAUAAGAUUGUGAGGAAAGGAAGGACACAAGAGAAAAUCAUUUCUACGCAUCAGUGAUGGGAAAACCAUGCAAAGUUUGCGGGGGGGACCCUUUAUAAGGCUGUAGAGAAAAAAAAACUGUUGGGGGUAGAACCUCUAUAAAUAUGUAGGAAGAAAACCCUAUAAGUCUGUAGCAGAAAAACCCUAUAAAUUUUAGUCGGAAAAAGCCCUAUACAAUUGUAGGAAGAAAGCUCAAUAUGUCUCUAGACCUCCCUAUAAAACUGUAUGAAAAUCCUUGCGAAACUAUAGGGUUUAGAAAAGGAGGGAAAAUACUAUAAAGCUCUUAAGUUAGGAAGCCCCUAAAAAAGGUGCAGGGAAACAACUUCUCUACAAUUGUAGAAUAGCCUCCCUGUCUUUCCUGAAAAGUUAUCAGAGGAAUCAUCUCUUAGAACCUAUCCUGGAUGAUUCCUUUGGGGGAAAUCCCGGUUAAAUUCUUGGGGGAAGGGGCAGGAUCAGAGGUCAGGGAAUUGCACUAAAUUAUAAUGGAAAGAGAAUGGGAAUCAUUCUGAAGAAAGAAAAUGUGCCCUUGUUAAUCUGCUGUGGGGAAAGCUUAGAUAAACCAUUAAGCAGGGAAUAUCCCAAGACAUCUACAAGUGAAAAUCUUUGAAAUGGUAAGACAAAAGUCCUAUAAAUUGUGAUGGGAGGAUCCUAUAAAAAUAGGAGAAAAGUCCUAUUUUGUGGGGGUUGGAGGAAAAGAAGAGGGAUAUGGGGAUCCUAUAAAAUUAAAAGGGAAAAAGUUAAGGCCUUUGUAGGAAAAAACCCCUAAAAUUGUGAAGGUAAAAUACUUGAGUAGGAUGGAUGGGGAACCUCCUUCCAACUAUGAAGCUUUUGGGGGGAAGAGUUCAAAAAUUCAGCAUAAAAAUAUUGGAAGGUUUCUACAAAUCUCAGGAGACUGUAGAAAUAAGUGUUUUCAAAUAAGAUUUCUUGGUAAAACUUGAGCCACAGAAGGAUAUAUUUAAGAGAAACUUUGUUUCUACCGUGUUACUAAAAUCUCACAAGAUUAGUGGUGGCAAAACUCCACAAAUGGAGGCCUGUCCAGAUCUUCUGAGGUCUCCUCUCCAGGGAAAGAUUCCAGUUUUCCUCUUCCGUGUCCUCCCCUUCUCAGGUUCUGAACUUUUCCUAGUAAGUUCUUCCUGAUGUCUAACCUUCAUUUCAGUUGCUGCAGCAAUGGCCCAUUUCCUCUUGUUCUGCCCUCUUAUGGGGGGAGAGAAUAGCUGCUAAUCAUCCUCCAAAGAAUAAAGCCCUUUAGAGACUUGAAGCCUGUGACUAAAUUCUCCCGUAGUCUUCAAACUAUAGCCACCUCUUGGUUACCUGGGGGGAAGAGGAGGACACAUCUUAGAUGAAUGAAAUUUGGAUUAUGUAACAGCCUGAUACUGAUUUUCCACCUAGCCUUUAUAAGAGCUGGGUGGAGUGGACCAAUGGGCAUUUCAUUAUUCUCCACUGCUGCCUUUCUCAGAUGUCUACUAAGCAAAGACUUUUCACCCUGUAGUAAUCAAGAGUUGGCUGUAAACCACUUUUUUUGUCCCUUAUGCCUUUAAUUUCCUAGUGUUUUCCUUUACUUCCAGGCUCCCAGGUGCCUUCGGGGGUUAUGGGGCUCUGCAGUGAGGUGACUUCUACAUGCCCUGCUCUUCUUUAGGUAGCUCAGUACUGUGUAACCAAAAACCUUAGAAGGGGAAAACCCAAAGAAAUAAAACUGCUUUCUUGGAGGGACCCCCUUCCAGUUUCUAAGAGAAUACAAAUCAUGUAAGCCUACGGUAAAUGACCCUGUAAUGGGGGAGGUGGUUAAGGGUUAUAUGACUGUAAGGGAGCUAACUAAAUAGUUCAAAGGAGACUGCCCCUGAAAUAUAUAGGGAAGAUUCCCCCUUUAAGUAAACAUUGAGGAGAAAGGACUUUGUUAAAUGGCACAAGAGAAUUCUAUCCUUAAAGUCUUAGCCAUAAAACUAAGGAUCCCUGCUGUAUAAAACUUUAGAAAAAGUCCUAGGAAUUAUUUCCCCAAAGGAAGCUACAAAGCUAUUAAGGAAACUCCUAUUAAGCUCUGGGGGAGAAGGCUCCUUUUGGGGACAUAGACAAAAAAUUAUUUCCCCAAAACACUGCCCCACAUGAUGUUACAAAACCCUGAGAGUCUGGAAUUGGCUGUGGGAGCACUAAAUUAUAUGGAAAAGAUCCCACUUCUACAUUUAAAACCACAAUGAUCAGCCCAGAUAGACUGGGGUGGGAGAGCCCUAUAAUGUUGCAAUAGGAUGGGGUACCCUGUAGGAAUAAUUGUAAGGGUAAGCUGUUAUAGAUUUACAUCCCUUGCCCACAAAAAAAUGUAUACCUUUAAAUUAUAAGCAAAGUAUGAGAAAAGACCCCCCCCCUUUGCACCUGCAUGGGGGGAUAAAUUUUACAAAGCUGAAGGAAAGAAGUGCUCAAGUCUAGAAGGAAUAAAAAAAAUACUUUAAACCAGUAGAAGCAAAAAUACCCUAUAAAUUGUAGAGAUAAAACCUUUAUAAAGCUAGGCAAAAGAAUAUCCCCACCCCCUUAGUAAACAGGAAUGGUAAGCCCUAAGGAGCUAUAGUAGGGGAAACCCUAUAAAGUCCAGGGGAAAGUCCUGUAGGGGAGAGCAGUAGCUGAGGGUAGUUCUCAGAAACCAGCCCUAUGAGGGCUGUACUGUAGGCUGUGUAGAGGAGAUAGGGUGUAGAAUAUUAGGAUGAUCGCAUGUUAUAGGGUUGGGGGGGAGGGAUUGGGGUCUUCUCUCUAAUACGGAGUUUAGGGUGGGAGCCUGAUCUGGUUGGGAUUUGGAGUUUUCAAGGCAGAAAGGGGGGAAGAGGUCAGCGAGCCUUUUGGAUCCAAUCCUUUCAAUUCCUUUUCUCUCCCCUAAACGUACUCAGUCCUAUACAUGGAUCUCCAAUCCCAGGGCUGAUGACUUUCACUGUUCUAUUCAGCUUUGUGUGCUCCCUGCUGCCCCAAGCAUCUCCAUGGCUUGAAUGGGCAGUCACACCAUGUCAGCGUCAUCUCCCUGUUGGCUUUGCCCCACCCUAAAAUCAGGAACAACUUGUUAUACGUUUUGUUUUCCAUCCCAGAGCUAACUACAUUUAAAGGUGGGGCAAAUAAGUGAGCUUCAGGGAAGAUGAUCCUUACCUGAUCCAUUUUGCUAGCUCCUUGUCAUCCCCCCUUGUUCUAGUACUGUACUGUUUGACCCCUAGUAAAAUAAAGUGUUACCAGCAGAGGCCAGGGUGAGGAGGGAGCCAAGGUGAUUCAGCAAGCAGGAGACGUCAGUGUAAGGGGACGCUGGAAACUGACUUGGAAGGAGUGGGGUUAGAGGGUCUUAAAGGAGACAAAUGGAAGAUUUCAGAGCUAUGUGGGAACUUGAUAGCACUGGGGAUGUUGAAUGAUGGAGACCUGAAACCGUCAGAGCAGUGAGGUACAAAAUCCAUUAACCUUUGAGGUAUGGUGAGCAGACACCAGACCCCAUAACCCAGGUCAGGGUGACCUAGCUUUUCCUCACUGCCCUAUGGCUCCUCAUUUUCCAGACCAGUGGGCUGGGAGGGGUCCCCUCCUUUGAGUGUUGUGUGUCAGAAACAGUGUUGUGUUGCUGGUGGUUGUGUGGAGUAGCUGAAGAGAAUAAAGGGAAUGAGAUUUCCCGAG